UGCUUGCUAAGCUUCGCUGAGGCCCGCAAGUUCAGUCUUGCGAUACACGCCUCAUUCGGUGCGUCUUCAGCUGCAGUUACGGGCAUCUUACUGAUUUUCUGAUCGUUACGAGUGUGAAAGGUGUCAGUCAGUCAGCAUGUCGUCGGCCAGAGGCGGCAAGAAGCGAGCGAAAACUAUAUCGCGAUCAGUUCGGGCUGGCGUUUUGUUCCCUGUAGCCCGCAUGCUCCGCUAUCUCAAACGCGACACUCAUCAUGUUCGUAUUGGCAGUGGUACUCCGGUUUACAUGGCGGCUGUCAUUGAGUAUCUGACAGCUGAGAUCUUGGAACUGGCAGGAAAUGCAGCUCGUGACCUGAAAAGAGGAAGAAUCACACCAAGACAUAUUCUGCUGGCUGUGCGGAAUGAUGAAGAAUUGGAUUUGCUCUUUAAGAAGGUAACCAUACCUGAGGGAGGAGUGAUUCCUCGCAUAAUGAUUUUGGCACGGCAGAAUGCAUUGGCUUCAUCAUCUGCAGCAGCAGCUACAGCAACGGCAACGGGAAUAGCUGCUGGGUCAGUGGUUGCCAUGCCAACUGUAGUAGCUGCUGGCACUAAAACAGCCAAUGCCAAAAAAAAGGCAACAAAAGCAGCAGCAAAAAUGAUAAAGGCUGCAUUAACGGCAUCAGCAUCACCUGGGAAAAAAGGCAAAGGAAAACAGGCAUCCACCGUUGAUGAUGAUGGUAAACCAGGAAAAGGUGCUACAGCAGCUGGUGGGUUCACCAUCUUAUCAGAGAAGAAGCUUUUCCUUGGACAGAAGUUGACAGUCUUGCAGGGAGAUAUUGUCAAAGUUGCUGCUGAUGCAAUAGUCCACCCAACCAAUUCCACAUACCACAUGGGUGGGGAGGUUGGUCAAGCUAUUCAGAAAGCUGGUGGCCGAGAAUUUCAGAAAGAGAUUGACAGCUUAAAAUCUCUACAGCCAUCCAUAGGCACAGCUGAAGCUGCAAUGUGUCCAGGACAGAAAUUCACAGCGAAGUAUGUUAUUCACGUGAACAGUCCCUCCUGGAGUGACACCAACUCACAGCAACAACUGAAAUUAGCUGUGGAGAAUAUCCUCAAGCUUGCUGAUGAGAAGCAUUUGAAAUCAGUGGCUCUGCCCUCUAUUAGCAGUGGAAAUGGAGGAUUUCCAAAACAAACAGCAGCACAAAUCAUUUUGCAGUCUAUUCGUAACUACUUCAGUUCUACCGCCAGCAGUUCCCUUAAGCAAAUCUAUUUUGUGCUUUAUGAUACUGAAAGUGUGAAUGUCUACACAUCAGAGCUAGGCCGUUUGGACUCGUAGGUUAGUCCAUCAGUUAUCACAAAGUACCAUAAGGCCAUGUUAGAAAUUAAAUUUUAUUACUUCACUUUCAUUUUUUAACUGUUGAUGUAUUUUCUACUGUUGAUACUUUGGGUUAAAGUGGAUAUUUAAUAAAACUGCUCUAUUUUUUUUUUAACCCGGUCAUAUUAAAAUGCCUUAUCAUUUAAUGUCUUAUUCAUGUUCCCUUUUUUUUUUAUCCCCAAAGGGAAUGGGUUUGUUUGGAGUAUGAGUCUUCGUUUCUGGUUAAGAAUGAUGUUUUUUAUAAUGUCACUUUCCAUUAUGUUUUGCCUCUUUGUGAAUGAUGAAUUUCGUUCUAGCAUCCAUAGCAGUUUUAUGACAGUUUGUUUUUUCCUUUAGUGAUAUAAAUAUUAAAGCUUUUCUUGCAGAGACUUCUUGUUUUUAGAAGUUACACUACAUUAAGAUGAUGAUAUCCAGAAAUAGUUUUUCCAUAUUAACUCCACCAAUAAGAAACUAAUAUCAAGUCACAAAUAUUUCAAAAGAAGUUGAAAAUUAAUGGUUCGAUGACUUGUGUUUCUGCUAAAAAUUAAUUGCAGUGUGUUUAAAUCUUGAGUUUAUAAAGAAUAUGCAAAAUGAAACUUUCCCAACAUUACUUGCCUUUCGUAGAAGAGUUAUUGUAAGACAGUUUACACUGUGAGAGUCAAUAAAAUGUGAAUUAUUUCUCUGGAUCUUGCCUGUUAUGGUGAUGUUGCACAAAGGGUUUGUUAUUUCUUGUAAUCCAAACAUAUGUUUACAGUUACUUCCAGCCAUGUUAGAACCUUUAUAAAAGCUAGAUUUUUGCAAAAUUUGUUUUAACCCUCCAAGCACAGCAUAAAAGUAUAAACAUUACAAAGACUGACUAAUAACUGAAAACUGUGAAAACGACGCUAAAGUUUAUUUUUUAUUAUUGCUCUUCUUAGGUAAACAUUAGACCAAGAAACCUAUACAUUUAUGGAAAAGAGAAUGGUUGAACUUUGCAAUAAAAGUAAUGAAAAUCCCCUUCCGUGGGCUUCCCCAGCAAAGCCACAAUUGUGACCCAUCGUGCCCAAAGAGUUAAACAAUGAAUCCUGCAUAAUAAGUCUUUGGAGCAAACUUUCAAGAAUUUGACGAAGAGAAGCAGCAGGAAGAAUUUUACAUGUUCAACAUUUUGUACACCAUAUUGGGGUUAUUCUCUUUACAAGAUCAACAUAUCAGGCAAGGUCCCAGUAAUUGAAAAAAAAAAAAAGAGAGAGAGAGAGAAAGAAUAAAGGAAAGUAAAUGUUUCUUGCUUGUGAAAAUUAUGCAAAGUAUAGAAAUAUUGAUAGCAAAUUAGAGGAUAUAUUUGCAGGAGUGUUUUCAAGUUUUAGCAGGAAGUUCUCUAGUGUGUCUAAUACAGAAAUGCUUUGGUUCAAAAACAAAAUAGGAAACAGUUCUUACUUAAUCAGAUACAUUUUUAUGUGCAUUUGUCUUGAAUUGAGUCCCACCACAAUUUCUUUUACACCAGAUGUACUUGUGACUCUUCUGUGAAACAUUUGAAUGAUUGUCACACUCUGUGAGUGUGUGUUUUAACCAAUGAUGUCUCAUUGUGUGUUGUAACAAUGUGACUGUAUUAUGUAAAACUUUUAAGUUAUUCCUUACACAUACAGAAAACUUAUGAGAAAGAUGGUGUGACCUUAAUCCAUAGGUAAUGGAAAGAUAUAUUUUGUUGGGUAGAUAUAAAGUACUUGCAGUGACAUAUAUAGUGAAAAAAAUUAGAGAAUAAUGCAUGCAUAGUUUGAUGGUAUUAACAGCAGCCCUCAAAUAAUAGAAACAUUUUUUCAAGGGAUUCUAUUGGUAGUGCUAGUCGAAGAGUGAAAUUUUCUCUUAAAAAAAAAAUCACCUUAACAGUCCCUGGAAACUUUCCACUACACUGUAUGCAAGUUUGUUUGUUUUUUUUUUGUGUGAUAUAUGUUGAAUUGUACAAGGAGCAGCAAAUGAUCAGAUGAUAAUUUGAUUUUGAUGUCAACAUACUUUAUGGAGAAAACUUCAUAUAGCUAAAGUCCUUGGUAGGAAUGAGGUGGGAGUUAAUGUUAUCACUGUUUUGUUUGAAAUUCUGUGCAUGGGUUUAGAUAGUUUUUUUUUCCUAGCUUAUAACUGCGUGGGCUACAGAAGAAGCUGUGAAUGAAAAGACUAUGUAAUCUUUCCUUGUUUGUUAUUUUUUAUGUGAUGCAUAUUGUAAGCCAUCAGUACUGUGAUUCUGUGCAUGUGAUUUUGAUUUAUAAGACUGUUAAUGAAUUUUACAUGUGAUCUAGAUUCUUACAGUUAUGACUUGGUUACAAAUUGUGUGCAGUGAUCAAAGUGCAUUGUUUGAUUUGAGAUUUGUUCGCUGAAAGAUCAUGCUUCACUGGUCAAAGAGAAUACAAUUACAAUGGGCCAUGCAGGCUUGAAGUUGACUAUUUAACAAAAAAGCAUCUUUGCCUAGUUGAAUGGUGUUAAGUGCAUGACAGUGUAGUGUGCUUUUGCUCAUUAUCCCAGUGUUCAAUUGAAGAGAUAAAGACUCAUUAAUUCUGAAAAAUUUCUUUACAUCUAGGAUUAUUUCAUGUAUGGCUGCAUGAGUCUUUGCUCAGUGCCAAGUCAAGCUGUGGUUAUGUUUUAAAUUUUUUUAAGGUUACUGAUUUGAAAGGACCAGAGGAGAAGAAUCAGUGGACCAUCUGUUUACAUGUAAUUCACAAGCAAAACAACUUUUUAACUCAUUAGGCAGCAGUUUCAUGGCUGAUUAUAUAUCUUAGCAGCCAGAUUAUAAUUUGUAUCAAGCUCUGCAUUAUUUUGAAUGAGGCGGAAGAUGUGACUGUCAUGUAUUAUGGUAUUCUCAGCAUUCUACUAUAUAUUUUAUGUAUAUGAAAUCAGUGAGCCAUGUUUCAUAGUUUGUCUGGUUUCAAGGUCAUCCUUUUGGAUUCUAACAAAUUUUUCUUACUCUCGAAAGCUUAAAUUAAGGUAAUGGAUGAUUAUUAAAAGACAGAAUUUGAACAUA